AUGGCGGGCGGCGCGACGAAGAAAAGCCCCGGCGGGGGCAAGCGGGGAGGACCCAAGCGCGGCGCGACGGGACCCCCGCGGCCCAAGUGGGGGGUCAACGCCAAAUCCUCGACGAAACCGGCGCACGGCGCGCCAGCGGACGUCGCCACGGUGGAGACUGGCGCUCGACUGUACCGAUCGUACGAUCCCGCCGCGCUCGGGCUGUUCAAGACGUGCACCAGGGUGGAUUGGACCGAUAACGGCGAGGCGCCGGACGUCGGGGCGCCGUCGUCGCCGGACGGGCGGCGCAUGACGCGCGUGAGCGCCAAGCGGGGCGCGCUGAGCAGCCUAGGUGCCCUGUCGCGCGCGGCGCAUCUCAACGGUUGGCGGGUCCAAGUCACCGGCGACGACAGCGCGUGCGACGUAUACUGGUGCGCGUCGUGCUCCGCGCAUCAGCUGGAGAGCCUCUGCGCGGGUCUGAGGGAACGCACGAGGUUCCCGGCGAGGGAGCAGGUCAGCUUCAAGACGACCGCGUUCGUGGCGGGAGAGCCGGUGACGCGCGUGCUUCACAUCCCGUCGCCCACGAAAAACGUGACGAGAGGGGACGCAUCCUCCUCCUCCUCCUCCUCCGCCUCGUCGUCGUCGAGGAUUCCCCGCGCGCCGUCCGAGGCCGAGUCGACGGCUGCGACGGGCGAUACCGGCGCAUCCCUCGCGCUGACAAGGCUCAAGGCAUCCAGGGCGACGCGCGCGAAGGCUCCGGCCGCACACGCAGCCGUGCCGCGAAGGCUCAGGCUGAGAGUCGCCAAGUUCCCCGGCAUGAACGACGCGUGUCACAAGGUUCUGUUCAGCAAGCUCAUGAACCGGGCCAAGGCGCUGUUCCCGGCCGAGUUUGCGUUCUGGCCGGACACCCUCAUCCUGCCGGACGACUGGCUCGCCGUGGCGGACGCGUUUGGGCAGUUGGGCAGUGACAACCAGCGGGACCCGCCGCUUGGCGUGCCUACAAGUAUCGGGAGUAAUAAAGGCGCCGAUAAACGACCCAAGGAGAGGAGGUGGUUCAUAUGCAAGCCCGACAGGGGUUCGCAGGGCGCGGGGAUAUUCCUCACGGACUCGCCAACCGACCUCGAGCGCAAGAUACGCGCCAAGUGCCCGAAGGUGCUGUACAAGAACGGGCUCGGGGGUUUGUUCGGCGCGGGCGCCAGGGUGGGCGGCGGCGACGGGCAGGACAUGGGAUCCAACGCGGCCAGGCGGGCGGUCAGCGGCGGGGCCGGCAUCGGCGGUUCAGCGAAGCCCGCGUCGACGAAGCCCGGGUUUGGGAGCCACGUCCCCGGCGCGACCCCCCCCGGCGGUGACGCGUCGACCGCGGUGGGCUACGUGGUGCAGAGGUACCUGCCCAAGCCGCUGCUCCUCAACGGCUUGAAGUUCGACCUUCGGCUGUACGUGCUGCUGCUCGGCACCGAGGGGUUCCCCGCGUUCCUCAGCAAGGAGGGCCUGGCGAGGUUCUGCACGGAGCGGUACCAGGCUCCCGACGACUCGACCCGAAACAAGACGAAGAGCUUCCUGACAAACUACACCCUCAACAAAAAAUCCGAAGGGUUUGUUCGGUCCGACGAACACGACGGCGGCGCCGACGGCAGCAAAAGAUCUCUCGCGUCCGUCAUGCAAGAGCUCGCGGUGGACAACGGUGCGGACGUGGACGCGCUGUGGUCCAGGAUCGAGAGGAUGGUGGAGGGAACGUGCGGCGCCAUGCGCCACGCGUUGGAAGAUUCGGCGGAGAGCGUCGGGGUGAGCCCGGAGACGUGCUUCCAAGUGCUGGGAUUCGACGUGAUACUCGACGAAAACCUCGACCCGCACCUGCUCGAGGUGAACGCCGGGCCGAGCCUCGCCAUCGACAACGUCGUGCCCGUGGACCCGAGGGAGGUGCGCAAAGGGCACUACGCGCCGAGCAAACCCGCGAACUCGCGGUUCAUGGACGCGUCGCCUGUGCUUCACGAGUGCGCUUCGCUCGACCUCGUCCCGGACGUGUGCUACUGCAGAGACGGGGGCGGCGCGGCGCACGUCCACGAGCUCUCCGCGGUGGACGCGCACGUCAAGUCCUCCGCGCUGGCGGGCGCGUUGGAGAUUGUGCGCAGGGCGCAGAGGGGCGGGCGGCUCGGGACGGGGGGCGGCGAGGGGACACACGCGACGUCCGGCGCGGCGGCGAGGCACGGGGGGUUUCGCGGUGUUCGCGUAUCCGACGGCGCGGGGGCGGGGUGGUGGUGCGACCAGCCCGAGGAGAUCCGCGCGCACGUCGCGUACCGACGACGGCGAACGGCGGCGGCGUCGUCGUCGGACGGGGGGUCUUGGUCCGGAAGCCCGGUUUCUUCUGGACGGACGGACGGACCGGGGGAUACCGCCGCCGACUUGGACGCGAUCGACUCGGCGAUCGCGCGCGAGUCCACCUCCGAUUCCCCCGGAGCUUUCGCGUCGUCCCCGAGCGACGCGUCAUCCCCCGGGGACGCGUCGCCCUCGGGGACCCUCGCUCGAAACCCUACACACUACCCUAAACCCAGGCUCAACCCGGAGGAAGACGUCGGGUGGCGACUCGCGUCGCUUUACUCGCGAGCGAAAGUCGCGUUUGUUCGCACGCUCGAGGCGAAAAAGACGGAGGGCGGUAGCAGAGAGCGGGAGCAGUCGCACUCCAAGCUCAGGCGCGCGCUGACGAUGACGGGCGCGAUGUCGUCGUCCGAGGUGGACGUGACGCUGAUGCGUUGGAAGGGUAAGCGAGCGCGGGCGGGCGGGGCGUUUCCCCACUACAUGGAUCUCGUCUACGAACUGGCGUCGCGGCUGUUUCCAAAGGCCCCGGGCGCCGCCGCGGUGGGAUCCGUGCUGGACAUGUUGGACGACGCGGAGCUCGCGGCGCAGGCUCCCGCGUAG